GGCAUGCUGUCAUCAAAAGUUGAGGAAAUGUUUUUGACAAGAUCGAGUCGAGUUAAAUCAGUGGACCUUCAUCCCAGGAAACGUGGCUAUUGGCAGCUCUUCACAGUGGAUGUGUUCAGAUUUGGAAUUACGAGAGUCAGCUGCUUCUGAAGUCUUUCGAAAUAUGUGAUUUGCCAGUGCGCGCUGCCAAGUUUAUUUCACGCAAAAACUGUAUUGUUACCGGCUCAGAUGGCAUGCAUGUCAGAAUUUUCGACUACAGCACCUCGCACUAAGUCCACCAAUUUGAGGCUCAUUCGGACUAUCUCAGGUAGGUGGAAUGGUGCAUUUAUGCAAAUAUGUUACAUUACAUCGAAUUUUUGCAUUCGUUUUUGCACAUCACAUUUGUACUUUUUUGUUUUUCUUUGUGCGUUUUCCUUUAUUGCCUCCAAUAUUUUUGUGGAUCAGCGAGACCUAUAUUUUCAAUGUGUUUCUGGUCUGGACGAUCAUUUAUUACUCGACAGAGUUUACGCGAUUUGAUCCACAUUCUCAGUGUACACGAGACUGU